UUUUAUUUUAAAAUGCGAAAUGAAACCACAGCUUGAACGCCUCUCUGUGCCCACGAUUAAGAGACAUGCUGCUGACUUUAUUUAGCAGGCAGAGAGAUUCCUAAUAUUACAGCUGUAUGUUUGGGACCUACAAACUGGGCAGAGAGAAGAGCACACAGUCAUUACACCGAAGAAUUAAGUUACCACUGCCUCUUCAGCACUGCAGCUCAAAUGAUGUCAGAUCUAAUUUACAAAGUCAAAAGGCAAAUGUCCAGUCCAGAGAGGGUUUGCUUCAAACAUCUCACCCUUCAUCAUUUAUCAAAGGAUGCAAUCAUGGAGAUUUUUGGAGCACAGGAGCCUCCUAGAUUCUAACGCUGUGGAUAUAAUGUAGCACGACUCUUCAGCAUGACUUAAAUGAACACUCCCCAACCCACACAUGUUCAGGGAUGGAGCUCAUGAACUUCUCGACUGUCAUUGACAGUGGGUUUUUGGAUGAGGCUCCGUCAGCCCGUGUCCUAACUGGCUGUUUCCUCUCGCUGCUCAUCCUCACCACCUUGCUGGGAAACACUCUCGUCUGUGCUGCCGUCACCAAGUUUCGAUACCUGCGCUCCAAAGUGACCAACCUAUUUGUGAUCUCACUGGCCGUGUCAGACCUCUUGGUCGCCAUCUUGGUGAUGCCGUGGAAGGCAGUGACGGAGAUCGCCGGGUUCUGGCCAUUCGGCUCUUUCUGUGACACCUGGGUGGCUUUUGACAUUAUGUGCUCCACGGCAUCUAUUUUGAACCUUUGUGUGAUAAGCUUGGACCGCUACUGGGCCAUCUCCAGUCCCUUCCGUUACGAGAGGAAGAUGACACCCAAAGUGGCCUACGUAAUGAUCAGUGUGGCCUGGACGCUGUCUGUGUUAAUUUCCUUCAUCCCGGUGCAACUCAACUGGCACAAGGCCCAAACUAAAUCCUACACCCCACACAGUGCGUCCUCCGGCACUUCAGUUUUAAACGCUUCAUCUUACCGCAGCACGGAGAACUGUGAUUCAAGCCUGAACAGGACCUAUGCCAUCUCAACCUCUCUCAUAAGCUUCUACAUCCCCGUAGCCAUCAUGGUGGCCACUUACACCCAGAUCUACCGCAUUGCCCACAGACAAAUCAGGAGAAUCUCAGCUCUGGAGCGAGCAGCUGAAAGUGCCAAGAACCGACACGAUAGCAUGGGCGGAGCAUCCAGCAUCGCAGAGUCCGAGAGCUCUUUCAAAAUGACCUUCAAGCGGGAGACCAAGGUGCUGAAGACACUGUCGGUGAUCAUGGGGGUGUUUGUGUGCUGCUGGCUCCCAUUCUUCAUCCUCAACUGCAUGGUACCCUUCUGCGAGGAGUCGAGCGGAGGCGAGGCUUUCCCGUGCAUCAGCCCCACCACGUUUGAUGUGUUCGUGUGGUUCGGCUGGGCGAAUUCUUCCCUCAACCCCAUCAUCUAUGCCUUCAAUGCAGAUUUCCGCAAGGCCUUCUCCAUCCUGUUGGGCUGCCACAAAAUGUAUCCAGGAGGCCACAACAUAGAGACAGUCAGUCUAAACAAGAAAUGACUCAGGACUGUCCCACAGUACUGACUCAUCCUUAAAGUCCACGCGUUCCUGUACAGGCCAGUCUGAUCGACUUCAAACGAGGACGCUGCUCUUAGUGUGACUAAAGGAUAUGGUGACCCCAUAUGUACCCGUGUUUGCAUUGGGCAAGUAGCCCGUCUGUGUGCAGACUGUCAGAGUGAGCUUUCCGUGCUCACCGUGGUUGCUACGCUGUUUUCAAAUGGGAGAAACUCCUGAAAGAGCAGAGGGGAUUUAGGGGGAUUGAGAUUAAGACUCUCCACUGUUGUGCCAGGGAGCUCGGAGCACAGCGGUGCUGACAUGCCCGUGGGAUAGAUAAUCCCAUGACUGGGCAGCACACUUUCCAAUGCUGUCAGACACUGCUCUCUUCAAUACCAUCGCACACACACACACACACACUGUCAAAACAUACUCCUCCAAAUACAGCGCAGCAUCCAGCACGUACACACGACAACAAAUUUCAUGACAGCACACAGAAAUACGGUUACAGAUUACAUUAACAUCUGCAAGGGUUCCAGCAUCAAACCAAAUCCUAUAUUUAAAUAGACGAUGACGAAGGUGAAUUACAUCCACAUGUGACUUAAUAGUGAAGCUACAAUCUGCUUUUACAUCCAUUAAUGUUGUGACUUUAAAAAGUAGACACUUGACAGUGUGAAUUUCUUUUGGAUGUAAAGGUUAAAAAUGAAGCUUGUCAAGCUGCAGGGUGAAUCUCAAUACGGAUACCGGUGCAGAAUUGUUAUUUAAAUCUCAUUCAAAUGUCAAAUCAUGAUAACUUUAAACCAAAUUUACUCAACAGACACCUCAUAAAUUAUUUGUUUUUCGCUGUUUUACGGAUGAGUGUCACUUUGUGUGUCCUGUAUGUUUCAUAAACAAAAGCCGAUGACCUCUUUUAAAGGAAAAGGCACAAACCCGAACAAAGGUUUUGCUUUACUUGUGGUGUCUUUGACAAUUGUGCUUACUUAGGGGCAGAUACAGAAUUGUGAGUGACUGACUUAUGUUUGUAUUUGAAUUAUUAAAUGAUAAUCUUGGAUAAACGUAUUUUUGUUGGUUUGGCUGUCCUGUUAGUUAUGAUAACAUUGUACUCAAUAAAGUAAUUGCUGACAUCUGGGAACACUGACAUCACCACGAUGAAAUCCGACAGGGACAGAAACACGAGCAGCCAUACAAUCAGACCUUGUCGUAACCCAGUCCAGUUUAGU